AUGUCUUACUACUCAGGACCUCGCUCGGGCUCCGAAGCAGAGCUGACGGCCCUUGUAUAUUCUUUUCCCGGACGACUGAAGGAAAGCCGAGCGGACGGCAAGUGGACCUACAUGUGUUUCCUACAGAGCGUGCCUCCAUCAUACGAAUGGUUUUGCACCAACCCGACGUGUGCCGUCCCGAAGACGACGCAUAGCAAGUAUUGCAUCACCAUCCGGCCACCAAUGUUUGGCUCCUCACACUGCGUACCAAAUUACUUUCACGUGCCUUGCUUCGUAAAGCUUGCCGCCCUGACUUAUCUGCCAAACCUCCAUCGACUAUGGCCACUCAACCGGCUCACAUAUCCCCGAGCAGACAUGCAACUGACCGAGGCAACAAGGGAGGUGUUCCUCGACAUCGGCGCGGAGCAACUCUUGCAAGAACUGAAGUGGAGGUACUACAGUCUGUGCCAGCUCGGUGAGGAAAGAGACAUGGGGUUCAUGCGGCCCAAUGAAGUCUUUCAACGAUUUCUGCCGGGUAUCGUGUACGAUCAAGACAUAACAGUUCAGGGAUUGUCUACUGCAACAGAUCGAAAGAUUGCAGGGCACCAAUCUCAAAAUACCGAUCACGAUCGUUGGAAUAUCGUCGACCACUACCUCCCUGAUAUCAGCUUUGACAGCGACCUUAAGUUCGGGGCUAUCUUUGAGCGCUGGGAAGAAUAUGCGGGAAAGUGUCAUAAAGAGGAUGACAAGUUAAUGCUUAUUGAAUGA